AUGGAAUGUUGGGACGCAGUUAGAGCCACAUCGGUAACUUCGAAAGAAAAUGUUCGACCAGCAUUAAAACGUCGCGGAUGGAAAACAAUUCGAUUAUUUGUAUCGUCGACGUUUAAAGAUUUUCAUGCGGAGAGGGAAGUUCUUGUUAAGCAGGUUUUUCCUGAACUGAGACUUUGGUGUGAAAAGCUGAAAUUACAUUUAAUCGAAUGCGAUUUACGCUGGGGUGUUCCUAAAGAAGCGACAUCUGAAGAAACCCUUCGAAUUUGUCUAGGUGAAAUUGAUCGCUGUUAUGAAGACAAUCAAUGGCCAUUUUUUCUAAAUCUUUCCAGCCAUCGUUCAGGUUGGAUACCUGGUAAAUCUGAUGUACCCCAAUAUCUAGCAAGAGAGUAUGGUUGGAUUUUUGGAACUUCUAUUACAGAAAUGGAAAUUAUUCACGGUGCUUUUCGUCGAGCAAACCCAAAUGCAUUAUUCUUAAUUCGUGAUCCUUCAUUCAUAUCGUCACUGCCUGAUAAAUUAAAGGAAGAUUUCUCAGAGUCUAGAGCGGAUACAGUUGAGAAGAUGGAAUUACUGAAGAAGUGCAUCAAAGGAAGGUUUCCGGAAUCGCGUGCUGUUACUUACGCGUGCGAAUUUGAAGGAAUUGACAAGACCACAGAAACGGUUCGUGUAAAAGGUUUAGGAGCAGAUUCUACCUUUGUUAAAACGGUUAUUGACUUUUUCAAGGCUCGAAUUGGUCAUCAGUAUCCAUUAGAUAAUUCUGCUAUGGAUCCGUUAGAACUUUUACGAGAAUCACACGAGUCAUUCCUUAAUAGUCGUUCAUCGACAGUAUUGGGUCGGGAUGAAAUGCUUGAUCAGAUCCAAGAUUAUAUCUGUUCUAGGAGUAGUGGAGUUCCUUUGGUCAUUGUUGGUGUUGCUGGAGCUGGCAAGAGCGCUGUAAUUGCUAGGAGUGCUGCUACAACUGUCAAUAAAGCUCUUAAUCACGAUAUUCCAAGCAAUAAAGGCUGGAAUGUUUUCUAUCACUUUAUUGGUGCUGCUCCCGGAUCUACCGACCUUGGUUUCAUGCUACAACGAAUGUUGAAAGAAUUGAAAUAUGUGGGUGAAAUACCAGCGGAUACAGAAUCUUUAGUUCGCUUAUCCAAUACCGUAUUAAGCAGUAAAAAUCUAGAACCGACUAUUUUAUUUUUUGAUGCUUUAAAUCAGCUUGAUAAGACAAAAGAGGCUGAACAAGUUAUUUGGUUGCCGCUUGUACUAUCAGAUAAUGUUAGAAUUGUAUGCUCUGUCAUCAAUGAUACUCCUUGUCAUCGAAGUUUAGCAAGCCGAUCGAACCACCCAAAAGAAAUUUUAUGCGGUCCUUUAGACACGGAUAGUAGACGGGAAAUUGUAGAUCAAGUUUUAACCAAAUUUAACAAGAGAUUAGAUACUACGCAAAUGGAUUUAUUGCUAGCUAAAGAAGCAUCAGCUAAUCCGUUAUGGUUAUCGAUUGCCUGUGAGGAAUUACGAGUCUUUGGUUUGUUUAGUAAAGUAACGGAAAUGAUUAAAGGGCUUGCCGACGGUUUACUAGAAUUAUUAGAGCAAGUUCUCACUCGAUUUGAGGAAGAAAGUGGUGGUCAUUUGAUGGUAGCAACAUUAUGCUUUCUUGAAUGUUCACGCCAUGGAUUGCUGGAAAGAGAGUUAUUAGAAUUGUUAGGAGAAGAUGAGACAUUAAAACCAGAAACUGAAGAACAGUAUCUUAGUAAAGACCGUGAAACGAAUACCUUGAAUACAAAGGAAGACGUUGAUACUGGCUUAGCGAAUGAUUUAUCAAAACGUCUGCAUGUUACCGUAGAAGAAACAUACCGUAAGACGGACUUUGAUGAAACAGUCGAUGUUGAAGAUACCGAUAAAGGUAUAAAAAUUUAA